UUUUUGCAUUGUUGUUGGUGGGAUUGUCCGGUUGGCACUUUCGCGUUUUCACAGCUUAUUUCAUCUUUCCAGCACGCGCAGGUUGAUCCGCGCCCGUACCUCGUCCGUAGUUGCGAUCGAAUCGUGCAUCGUGCUCCGUGCAUUCCAAACUAGCUUUCGUUUCACUGUCCCGUUGUUUAUAGUCAGCAUCAGUAAAAGUUACAAUGCCUGCUCCAGCGAGUUCCACUUCCGUCGGCAGCGGUAGCCGAUCACCGUCGAAGCCAACAUCCGCCCCGCGGGCAGCGGCCGGAGGUUCCAGCACGUUGAAGCAGCGCAAAACCACCACGACCGCCACUGCCGCGCGGAAUCGUAACACGGGCACCGGAUCCGGUGGCAUGUGGCGCUUCUACACCGAUGACUCUCCCGGCAUCAAGGUUGGCCCAGUCCCAGUGCUCGUCAUGUCGCUGCUCUUCAUCGCCUCCGUCUUCAUGCUGCACAUCUGGGGCAAAUACACGCGUGCAUAAACAAGUCUGCUACAUCCCACCAUCGCUAGGCUUAAACGUGGAGGCUUCCGGUCUCUUUUUCAUCGUAAAUCGAUCUAAAACCAGCCCAACAACAACGCAGGAGAAGGACACGUGUCCGUCUCCCCGUUCUCUAUCCGUGUUUUGUUCGCGUAAGCCCAUCCCGGUUCCCCUUGCGGUACACGGCCCAUUUGCUACGUGUCGGACAUGGUGUUGAGAUUCAUUGGUUUUGUUUUCAUCUUCCAAUCCAAUGGGCGGUAACGAUCGGAGUAAUAAGACACGGAUCUUAUGGUCCACCGAGUCGUUCGGUUUUUUUUUCUUUCUUUUCGUGUGAAUGUUUGAGGAGACCCGCUACUACUAGCCGCUACUAAUUUAAAAUACUGCAAACCCCCUUGUAGGUCAACGUAAGGCAAUCUUUAUUAUUCGUACUGAGAGACACAAUAUAAUUAUAUACAAACAAACCCUGAAA